GGUGAGAUCUCGCGUGAGUUCGUCGCGGCGAGAUCAAAAUUACAGAAAUUGUUUUCCGGCUAGUCGUGUUGUCAUCUGACAUAUCUUGCAGUUUAAGCGGUCCAAAUCGUCUCCAGAAUGUCGGAAAAGGACGGAGAUCUCGGCAGACCGACAGAGGACGGACUACCGUCACCUAUAGACUAUCCAGCCGCCGAGGGAACCGCAGAGAUGGUCGCUACUCCGGAGGCAGACGCUGCUGAUUCGGAGAACCUGAUCACGGGACCACGUAUGCUGAGCCUCAUGUCCACGUCCAGUACUCCAGACAACGAGCAGGUGCCGCUGAAAAACUACACGGGGAAGGAACCGCCGUUCACGUGCAGCCCCAGCCAGGGGCUCACCUUCAUCAUCGUGGGCUGGGUCAGUCUGGCUGUCGUCAUCACGGUCGCGCUCAUCAUUCAGAUCUACGUCGGGCCACCACAGGUUGUUCCCCAUGGAGCCGUGGUGUCGGAUGCCGCGCUCUGUUCCGAUAUCGGGGCAGACAUCCUGAAGAACGAGGGUUCAGCUGUGGACGCUGCCAUAGCGACCGUUUUGUGCCAAGGAGUUGUCAACCCACAGGUGUCUGGAAUCGGAGGUGGUGGGUUCAUGGUGGUACGACUGAGGGACAAGAGCGCUUCCGUGAUCGACUUCCGAGAGACGGCGCCAUCAGCAGCCACCAGGGACAUGUUCCACAACAAGCUCAGUCAAGUCAACGUGGAUGGUCUGGCAGUGGCAGUUCCUAGUCAGUUGCGAGGGUUAGAGCUCGCACAUCAGAAAUAUGGAAAACUGCCGUGGUCCCGGGUGAUCAGUCCUGUGGUAGAGCUGGCCAGGAGUGGGUUUGCAGUAACAGAAGAGUUGGCUGAUGCCCUUUCGUCCAUCGGUAUAGACAACAUGUCUGGAGACUUUAAGAAAGUUUUCGCGCCCAACGAUAGACUGUUCACCGCGGGACAGAAAAUGACACGGUCGGAUCUGGCGGACACUCUUGAACAGGUCGCGGAGAAUGGGGCGGAUGUCUUCUACACUGGACCAAUAGCAGAGAGUGUUGUAACAGCUGCACAUAACACAGGAGGAGUCAUUAAUGUACAGGACCUGACAGACUACCAGGCUUUACUCAAACCAACACUCAACACCACCUACAAAGGGUCCUAUAUCCUAACUGCCCCGGCCCCAUCUGGUGGACCCAGUCUUCUGUCCAUACUGAACAUCAUGGAAGGAUAUAACAUGACUGGGAAGGACGCAAACAAGGCGGUCACUUAUCAACGACUGGUGGAGGCAUUCAAGUUUGGUUAUGCCCAGCACACGACACUAGGGGACCCUGACAAGGCCCCUAAUGUUACAGGGAUAGUGAACAGGAUUGUCAGCAAAGCUGAAGCAAAGAAGUUGCGCGGGAAAAUCGAUGACUCGCAGGCGUAUACAUCACCGGACCACUACGGACCGUUCUACACUCUGGGAGAUGACAAGGGAGCGAGUCACGUGUCUGUGAUCGGACCUGACUUGGACAUGGUGUCUGUUACCUCGAGUCUUCAUGACCUUUUCGGGUCAGGGGUCAUCACCUCUACAGGGGUCAUCCUGAACGGUCACAUGGCCGACUUCUCCAUCCCGGGGCAGGCUUCUCAGACCGGGGCACCCAACCCUGAGAACUAUAUCGUACCUGGGAAGCGCCCGUUGUCAUGGCUGAGUCCGACGAUCGUGGUGCCGGUGUCCAACCCGUGCGGAAAGCACCUGGCACUCGGAGCAUCAAGUGGGACCACAACGCUAUCGGGUGUGGCACAGGUUGUCCUGAACAUCCUGGCAUUCGAUAAGGAGCUGGAGAUCAGUGUGGAGGGGCCCAGACUUCACAACCAGUUACAACCGGACGAGACACGUGCUGAAGCUGGUUUCAGUGCGGACAUUUUGACCCAGCUGGCCACGUGGAAGCAGAACGUUGUCCGGGACCAGGAGGCGCUGAAUGUGGUGCAGGCAGCGUACCGCGUGAAAGACGCCAUCACCGGACAGGCCGACACGCGGGAAAAGGGCAGCAAGGCAAGCGUCUUUUAACCAAUGGCAGCAUAGAAAAGAUGAAUAUGAAACACUUGUUACGUUAGAUUAUGUAAUACAAUAGAGCUUUCUUUGUGUUAA